GAGGCACCCUCCGCGGCGACGAGGUGCAUUUCUAGAUUUCCAGCAUAUCGCUAGACGUUACCUCCGGUUUCCCGCCGGUUUAGAGCCGAACACAUAGACCCUUUGACGAUAGACUGCAUCCGCCGGGAUCGUCACGAUCCGGAUAACCGACAACACCCUUACCACCAAUCCGACCAACAUCUCCAUCCACCGGAAUCAUCACCAUGUCUUCCCACGAGAACGCCGAGUCCAUCAAGGUGUUGGACGAGCUCAUGCAGAAGCUGACCGUGUCGAAGGACGCUGCCGCUGCGAAGGACGCCUCGCACGCCUUGGCCUCCUUCAUCAACGGUCGCAUCGAGGAUCAAGAGGCUCCCACCAGAACUGUUGAUGCCCUGAAGAAGCAGCUGGCCAACAAGAAGGAUGCUUCGGUCCGUGAAAAGGCCGUCAAUGCCAUCGAAGCUAUCGCCCAGCACUCCGAGAUUGCUCCCAAUGUCGAGCCAUACCUCGUUGUCCUCCUCCCCUUGGUCCUGGCCGCCAUCGGCGACAAGAUCACGGCGGUGAAGAAUGCUGCUAUCGCCGCCACCACGGCCAUCAUUGAGGCCAUCAACCCUAAUGCCGUCAAGGCCGUCCUGCCUGUUAUCAUCAAAUCCAUCCUGACUGCCCAGAAGUGGCCCGAGAAGAUCACUGCUCUCGAGACCAUCGACAUCCUCGUCAGAACGGCCCCCGCUCAGCUAGCCUUCCGUGUUCCUGAGCUUAUUCCCGUCGUUUCCGAGUCUAUGUGGGACACCAAGAAGGAGGUCAAGGAUCGUGCUUACAAGACCAUGGAGAAGCUUUGCGAGUUGAUCGUCAACAAGGAUAUCGAUCGGUUCAUUCCCGAGCUAAUCAAGUGUAUUGCUAAGCCCGAAAACGUCCCCGAGACCGUCCACUUGCUUGGCGCUACCACCUUCGUUACCGAGGUCCAGGAACCCACCCUCGCCCUGAUGGUACCUCUGCUAGACCGUGGUCUGGCCGAGCGAGACACCGCCAUCAAGCGAAAGGCUGCCGUCAUUGUUGACAACAUGUGCAAGCUCGUCGACGACCCCAACAUCGUCGCCCCCUUCUUGCCUAAGAUGAUGCCGGGUCUGCAGAAGAACUACGACAACUUGGCCGACCCCGAGGCUCGUGAGAAGACCAAGCAAGCUCUCGACACUCUUAUCCGUGUCGGCAACGUCAAGGACGGCAAGAUCCCCGAGGUUCGCCAUGAUGGUGACGUCGCCACUGUUCUCGGACACCUCAAGGCUGCCGUCCCCAGCAGCCACGCGAAGACGGCCGAGAAGCUGUCUCCCGUCCUAGACUACAUCUCCGCCAUCGGCGGCCAGCUCAUUGACGAGAAGGAGAUUGAGCCAUCCACCUGGGCCACGGCCGUGAAGCCGUUCGCCAGCGUCAUCGUGGGCGACGACGAGGCUGACAAGCUUGUCGAAAGCCUCCGGAAGCGUGCUUCUCCCGGCAUCGAGGAUGAGGCCGAGGAAGAGGCCGAAGAUGACGAUGGAGAGGACCUCUGCAACUGCACCUUCUCCCUCGCGUACGGCGCCAAGAUCCUGUUGAACCAGACCCACCUACGGCUGAAGCGUGGUCGCCGCUACGGCCUCUGCGGCCCUAACGGAUCGGGUAAAUCCACUCUCAUGCGCGCCAUCAACAACGAGCAGGUCGAGGGCUUCCCCAAGCAAAGCGAAGUCAAGACCGUCUUCGUUGAGCACGACUUGGACUCUGCGGAUACCGAGAUGACCACGAUUGACUGGACGAUGAAGAAGCUCAGCGAGGCCGGCGUCACUACGAGCCAACCCGAAGUCGAGAAGCGUCUCGAGGAGUUCGGCUUUACUCCGGCCAUGACUUCCGGCGAGAUUACUGCCCUGUCUGGUGGCUGGAAGAUGAAGCUGGCCCUGUGCCGCGCUGUCUUCGAGGCGCCCGACAUACUGCUGCUCGACGAGCCUACCAACCAUCUGGACGUGAAGAACGUCAAGUGGCUCGAGGACUACCUCAUCAACUCCCCUUGCACCUCCAUCAUCGUUUCCCACGACAGCGGCUUCCUGGACAACGUUACUCAGUACAUCAUUCACUACGAGAGGUUCAAGCUGAGGAAGUACAAGGGUAACUUGAAGGAGUUCGUCCGCCGGAACCCGCACGCUAAGUCGUACUACGAGCUCGGAGAAUCCGAGAUGGAGUUCUCUUUCCCGGAGCCUGGCUUCCUCGAGGGUGUCAAGACUAAGGCCAAGGCUAUCCUGCGUGCUACUAAGAUGAGCUUUCAGUACCCGGGAACUCCUAAACCUCAGCUUCUCGACAUUACUUUCCAGUGCUCUCUUGGGUCUCGUAUCGCCGUCAUUGGUCCCAACGGUGCCGGCAAGUCGACGCUGAUCAACGUGCUUACCGGUGAGCUUAUUCCUACCGGCGGUGAGAUCUACCAGCACGAGAACAUCCGCAUUGCCUACAUCAAGCAGCACGCGUUCGCCCACAUCGAUAACCACCUGGACAAGACGCCUUCCGAAUACAUUCAGUGGCGAUUCCAAACUGGUGAGGAUCGCGAGACGAUGGACCGUGCUAACAAGAUCAUCACCGAGGAGGACGAGAAGGCCAUGGACAAGAUCUUCAAGGUCGACGGCUCACAGCGGCGCGUCAUCGGCAUCAACAGCCGAAGAAAGUUCAAGAACAGCUACGAGUACGAGUGCUCCUUUGCUCUGGGCGAGAAUGUCGGUCAGAAGAACGAACGAUGGGUUCCCAUGAUGACAGCCGACAACGCUUGGCUUCCGCGAAGCGAGCUGCUCGCUUCGCAUCAGAAGCUGGUCGCCGAAGUCGACAUGAGGGAGGCUCUCGCCUCGGGCCAGUUCCGACCUCUGGUCCGGAAGGAGAUUGAGUCGCACUGCGCCAACUUCGGUCUCGACGCCGAACUCGUCUCGCACUCGCGCAUGCGUGGUCUCUCUGGCGGCCAGCGUGUCAAGGUUGUCCUCGCCGCGUGUUCGUGGCAGCGGCCCCACUUGAUCGUCCUCGACGAGCCUACCAACUAUCUCGACCGCGACUCUCUCGGCGCUCUGUCCAAGGCCUUGAAGAAGUUCGAGGGUGGUGUUAUCAUUAUCACCCACAGCGCCGAGUUCACCAAAGACCUGACGGAGGAGGUGUGGGCCGUCAUGGAUGGCACGAUGACGCCUUCGGGGCACAACUGGGUCCAAGGCCAGGGUUCCGGCCCGAGACUGAAGCAGGAUGGCGAUGACGAGGAGGAGAAGUUCGACGCGAUGGGCAAUAAGAUUGUGUCGACGAAGAAGAAGAGCAAGCUGACGAGCUCCGAGGCACGAAAGAAGAAGAAGGAGCGCAUGGCCCGCCGGAAGCGCGGAGAGGAGGUCUUCUCCGACGAGGACGAGUAAGCGACUUGGCUAUCUCACAGCAACCACGCAUCAUCACGAAUUAAUACCUGUUACGAAUUCUGAUUUCACGUCUUUCCCUUUGUUUGAUGAUCU